CACACUCACCUUCACCAAUUUUAUUUUAUAUUUUCUUACCUGCUUUUCCAUGUUUCUCCAUCUUUUACUUUUACAUUCAACAAUUUAUUGUUUGCCUUGACUUGAAGUUGAGAAGAAAAAAAGCGUCUUUUAAAAAAUUAUUCUCGUUUGCUGCUGAUCACUUGGCUUUUUUUUUUAAUACAAAAUCUCAGUUUUUAUCAAAUUUACAUAAAUUUAAACUUGAAGACAAAAAAUGUUCAAAUUUACAUUUCUUUUAAUUUCUUUGUUAUUUGCAAUCCACUCAUCGGAAUGUGGUGUCUACGGACGUGACGGUGGGGGUCGAUCCGGUUAUGUAGGCCGUCGUAACAAUUACAUGGCUAGCGCUCCAGUUGCACCGCCACAACCUACAUUACCACCAACCCCCAAAGAAUACCUCGAUGCCAAAUCACAGUUUUCGACUUUUGGAAUUAUUUCCAUUAUUUUCUGUGUUAUAAUGAGUGCUUUAGUAUUCUACUACAGCAUAAUGUGUUAUCCAUUUUUAUGUGCGUCGGAGAAGAAAUAUCAUUUUAUGGAUGUUUCGUCGACAAUGACCACAGCUACAUCCAGGUCAAUACAAUCGAUUGAGAAUUUCCCAGUAGAUCAAAAGCAUCCAAUUUAAGAAAAAAGAGAUCUUUCUUAUUAAAUUCUUUUAUAAAUAAGGGAAUGUGAGAGGAAGGGUGUAAGAAGAUAAAGAAGCUGAAAAAAAAGAGAAAAGGGUGGAGGAGGAGGAGACACAAAGAAAAGAAAUGAAAGAACUGGUUUAACAAAAAAGCAGAACAACGAACAAAUUUUCAAUUGCUCAUCAUCAUCA